AUGAACUACUCUUCCGCCGUCCGCCGUCCGUCCGCGCGCGGCCAGGCGCUUCGAGCGGCGCGGGGCGGCGUGUUCCGCAUCCCCAUCGCGCGCCUCGGAUGGGACGAGCUCGUCGACUUCACGGACGCGCGAGGGCUCGCGAGGUACUGCGCGGACGCGACCGCGGCGAACGCCGUCGACGCGAAGGAGGAAUCCGAAGACGGGAGAGGCGUGUGCUUGGUUCUCGGAGCGGAGGGAAGGGGGUUGUCCGCGGAAGCCCUGGGCGGGUGUCAGCCCGUGAAGGUGCCGAUGCCGGGGGAGAUGGAGAGCCUGAACGUCGGCAUCGCGGGCGGGAUCCUGAUGUACGUCAUGCGGAAGUGA